AUGCGUAUAUCCAAACACCUUUUUUCCAUAGGAAGGAAACAAUAUACAAGUUGUCGAAAAAGUAAAAAAAAAAAAAUCUUCUUACCUUUUGAUCAUUUUGUGAACACUAAUUUUAAGAUAUUUAAAAAAAAAUGGUUGAAAUUUAUUAAUAAAAAUAAAAGUUAUAAUAAAGGGGAAUAUGUAUCAAGAUGUUAUACUAAUGUUGAUGGGAAUAUAGAAAAGAAUAUAGAAAUAGAAAGGCGAAAGGAAAAUGAAAAAGAGUCAAAUGAUUUAUUAUUUGAUGAAAUGCAUAAGAAGAAGAAGGAGAAAAAGAACAUGAUGUUAAAAGAUAAUCAUCAUUAUCAUUAUCAUCAUCAUCAUAAUAAUAAUAAUAACAAUCUUACUAAUUUUAACUCCCUUUUUAAUCAAAUUAUUAUCUAUAAUGUUAUUUUAAAAAAUGAUAUAAUUAAUGAUAUAUACCUUGAAGUACUAUUCUUCGAUUUGGAUGCUUUAUCAAAUGUAAUUUUGAAUAACUCGUAUGGUUGUAUGAUGAUUAAUUAUCUUCAAAUAUUUUACAAAAAGUUGAAACGUGUUCAUAUAAAAAAUAAAUUAAUAAAUCUGUACACAAGUAAAGUUAAUAAUAUAUAUAGUAAUUUAUUAUUUUAUCACACAUAUAAAAACAAGAAGAAUUUUUUAUUACAUACAAGUAUGUAUAAACAAUUUUCACGUACUUUAAAAAAUAUGUUGAAAAAUAAAUUAGACAUUAAUGUAUUCACAUAUCAAUGUAUAUCAAAGGAAAAGAAAAAAAAAAAAUAUAUUGAAUUAAUAAAAGAUGAUAAAAUAAUCAAUGAUAAAAAUAUUCAUGUUAAUAUGAAUAUUAUACAUAUGAAAGAAAAAUAUAUUCAUAACUAUCUAUUCAAAAUAAUGAACAAUAUGUUUAUAAAUCGUUUUAUUUAUUUAUAUAAUAAAAAAGAAAAAAAGAAAAACUUUGGACAUAUUAAAGAAAAUGGGAACAAAAUGAAUGUGUGCAGAACACACAUGAACAGUAAUAUAAUAUCUUAUUUUAAAAAUAAAUUCUUGAAAAAAAAAUUUAUAAUUAAUAAAAGGUAUAAAUAUGCAUUCACAAGAUUAAGGUCCCCCCUAUUUUUUAAUAAAUUUAAAUCAUAUAAAGAAAAAAAUAAUAAUAUUAAUAAUAUGUAUAAUAUUAAUAAUAUGUAUAAUACUAAUAAUAUGUAUAAUACUAAUAAUAUGUAUAAUAUUUAUAAUAAUCACCUUAGUAAUAAUCCUGCUGAUAAACAUAUUUAUAAUAGUAAGAUUCACGCAUACGAAAAUAUUUUUUCAAAUUUUAAUCUUCUAAAAUUAAACCAUAUCUUUUUUAAGUUCAACCAUAAAAAUAAAGCACAAUGUAAAGAAAUAUUAAAUAUAAAUUAUGAUAUAUUCAUACAUACUUUAAUUAAUAAAAGGAAGGAGAAAAAAAAAUAUUUUUUACUUUUCAUAAAAUACUACAAGGAGAUAUUUAACACAAACGAUAUAUUUAUUAUAGACAAAGAGAAUGUUAAAAAGAAUUUUUUUUUUUUUUUUUAUCACAGUCUUAUUGGGGGGCCUACUUUUUUCUUCUUUAAUAAGGAAAAGGAAAAAGGAUCGAUUCCAUGUAACAUAGCAAAAAAACAAAAUAACCAAAAGAAAAAAGUGUUAAUAAAAAAGAGAUUAUCAUAUAUAUUAUAUAAUAAAACAAAUUACAUUCGAAAUAUCUCCUUUUUUUUUGGAAAACGAAAAAAUAAUAAAAUAAUAAAUUUAAAAACAAGAAAUAGGAGAAAACCAUAUUUUAUUAAUUUGAAUAAUAAUGAAUUGAAAUAUAACUCUACAGAUAACUAUAUAAUUUUUUUUCUAUAUGAUAUAAUAUUUAACCAUAAUUUUGAUAUAUAUAAAUAUAUGUAUAAAAAUGUAGAAAGAGAAGAAAAGAAACAUACACACAAUUCCUUUAUUUGUACAUUUAACAAAAAUAAAAAUAAAAACAAAAGUAUAAAAUUAAAUAAUAUAUUAAAAGAUAAAAUAAAAAAUGGAAGAAUUAUUUUAUUUACAAAUGAUAAAAAGUUACAAUCCAUGUGUUUUAAAAUAAAUAUAUUUUAUCAAAAUGUUUUUAAUAUGUUAAAAUAUAAUAAUCAUUAUAAUAAUAACAAAUAUGAUGGUGUUCAUAAUAUAAAUAAAAAAUUAAUUAAAUUGUAUGUAUUUAGUGAUAAAAUAUUAUUUAAUAAUCACCAUAUAACUAAUAAUAAUACAAAGAAUAUAAAAAAAGUAGAUAAAUAUGAAUUAUAUUCUUUUUCAAAAAGUUUUAUAUUUUAA